UUCACCGCAAAAAUUAGUACUGUAUAAAAAACUGCAACAUCUUACACACCCCAUGUUUCCUUUCCCAAUGCCAACGCCAACUUGCGCAUAAAAAAUCACAGAGUUCAGUUUAUUAUGAAAUCUAUCAAAAACCUUCUAAUUUCUUCACUCCACCACGUGAUCUUUCUGUCAUUUGGGUUUCAUUUUCGGAUUCCUGGCAUAUAUAACACACAACUUCACUUUCAGAUACAUCUCAACAUACACAUUUUCAGCAGCAGUUGCAAUCUAAAAAUUUUGUGAGAAAAAUAAUGGGUAGUUUUUAGUUAUAUGAAGUAAGUUCUGAAUCUUCAAUUGAUGGCAUCAUCCUCUGGGUUUUUCAUGAUCUGUCUUCUUCACUCUAUCAUAUCUUUUUCGUGUGGUUCUUUGAUGAUAUUUUACCUCAAUGAGAUAUCUAUAAUCGGUCAUGGAAGUGAAACAGCUAUCAAACUCUUAGGAUCAACACCACAUGAUCAACUCUUGAUUCAAACUUCAGAUUCAUUUGCUGGAUUACUUCUUUGCAUAAUUGGGCUUCUUUUAUUCAUGGUUUCCUUCAUUCGAGACAAAGAGUUUCAAAGCUUUUUUGCGAACGGAUGCGUUCUUGUUCAUAUUUUAGUAGCUCUGUGGAGGAUUUUCUUCGAGAGAGAAGUUGAAAUUCUUGCCUCACAUUGGCCUAAGCAAGUCAUUGGAGACUUUUUGAUGGCUUUUUCAUGGGUUUUCUUUCAAAUUUAUACUUGGAGAGAAAAAUAUGAUUAAUUCUUUAAUCAGUAAGAACUUUUGUAUUGUACACUGAAUUAAGGAUAAGAAGAAAGGGAAGAAUCUUUGGUUUCGUUUAUUGAUAGCAGGAUUGCAAGCUUCAAAAAUGGACUCACUGACUAGUAUCCGGCGAGAGUGAUCUAGUCAUGAUCAAACUUCUGUUACCUCAAACUCUACUGGUUUGAUUCCAACAUGAGUUUUUUGUUUGCAGAAGAUGACUUUUGGUUCCAUCAUGUAGUGUGAGUUCUCUCAUUUGUUUUAGAUGUUAUAUGAAAAUUCAGUU